CAGAGCCUUUCGUAACUUGUUGGUUUCAACCAUCCGCCGGCUCCCCAAACUUAAACCCACGCACUCUCUAAUCACCACCGCUCCAUCUCAACCUCACUCCCUGCGGGGAACCAACGACCUCGUCCAUCGCGUAUCGAGCAUUCCCCUUAUAUUCCAUCUCUAAAUGACCUCUCUUCCCCUUUCCCAUCGCCAUCUGGUAUAAAGCCGUCCAUUCCUUUUGCAUGAGGGCGUAAUCUACAUCUUCCUCUGGCUUCGCGCAGCCCCUCGCGCCGCUGGUUCCCUUCUGUCCUUGAAGCACAAUGCAGAUCGACCCGGCCGCGCUGACUGGGGCAACUUCAUCGUCUACUAUCCCGGUGACCAAGCAGCCUGUUGUUCUGCCUCCGGUAACGACCCAGAAAACAUCCAAGGCUCUUAUUUCUGUUCCGCGACUUGACCUUGAGCCGAUAUAUACGGAGUUAAAGGCGGCCAUCGGCAUUCACUGGACAGAGUACAAGGAGGCUAUCGCUCUCUUUCUUCUAGGCCAUCUGAACCAGCAUGAAUUCGCAUCGCGAGUCGACCAUUUCCUCUCCUCUGACCCUAAAAUCGAGCACCUACAUAACAACUUCGUAUGCGCAAUUAUUGGCAACCUUACGAGAGACCUUCCGGACCAUGGCGUUGCAGGCUGGGUUUCUGCGCAUGAUAAACCGACGGUAGUAUCAAAACCUAUAUCCGGCGAUGCGGCGGAGCAGAGACUUAAAACGGAGGUUAAACAAUUGCCACCAAAAGAUAGACGAAGAUUAAAGGCGCUUCCUGAGCCGGACCCCCAUUCUAUACCCAAUCCACUCGAGGAGUAUCACCAGGCCAAACAGAUCCGGCUCCCCGAUCAAGUACCUGCCAGUGCUGGAGGGCUGAACAAAACAAACUGGGAACUUGAAAUUCGAAAACGUUACGCUCAACCCCUAGCCUCGGAAAUCGGGGAAUUUCCCGAUGCAGAUUCGAUAUAUGCGCGCAUGGUCCCAAUAUGCUACGAGGAGUCGGUGGUCAAUGGAGCUUCAUUUCCAUGCGCGGUGUUCAUGUCCAUCGCAACCGAAAAUUUUGUAAAGGAAUUCCUGUCUACUGUGUUCGCGAGAACAAGACUGAAUGGACCCUCGGGGACCAUCAAUGGAACCAUGACGCGAAAGUACCGACGGCAGCUUGAACGCGAAGAAAUGGCAUUCACCCGAGGAGAGUUAGUAAAGAACACGACAAGUGGCUUCCUCCCCGUCGAGGCCAAGGAAGCAAACACAAGACAAGCACUUGGUGUGCCGGACUUGAGAUUGGCCCUGGAACUUGGCGGCGGCCUGCUAGGACAUAUGCCCCUGGUCGUCGAUGAGAUAUUGGGCGGAUACGUCGAGGAAGAGCUUGAAGCUGAACGACAAGACUACAUGGAGAGCUUAAACGAAGCCAACCACCUAAACGGGGUCGAUGGGUACUCCGAUGAUAUGGAUAUUGACGAAUCCGGUUGGGAGUGGGAUGGCGCAACUCCCAAGGAUCAAGCCCAGCUAGGAAGCCUUCUUGAUGAUUGCCUUUCGAUGGCAGCGUGAGGCGUCUGCCCAUUUGUACUACUUUUCACGUCCAUUUUCAUUUCAUUCCUCGUAUCUAGGAAUGUUGGUCAUGUAUAUACCAUUGGAGUGAGUGAGUCGGUGGCUAAGGCGUUUGGGACCUUUUUCUUUUUGGUCUUCCUUUAUUACUUGCUCUGCCACCCUUUUUAUUGCUUACUAUGUUUAUUUACCCCUUUGCCUUGUGUUUUUUUGUUUGUUUUCUAUUACCCCCUAUAUAUAAACCAUAAUGACCACGGACCCUGAAUGAGGUGGGAUUCAUUAUUCAUUACUUUGGGAUACCUCGUGAUUUUCAUGCUUUGUGGCGGGGCCCGGUGCAUGGGUGAUUUAAGGGUUUCUAUUUUCUUCUUUUUUUGCUUCUUCCUAUUGUUUUUCCUUCCUGUAUCUAUAUACUUAUACUUCCGGCGCGCGCUUGUGUGGGCUACUUUCUCACAAAAAUUGAUUAACUUGGGAAUUAUGCUUCACUAUUCUGGGAGGAGUGGGUUUCAGCUAAUAGUGUCUCUGCUGGAAAAGGGCAACCCGUUUGUCUCUGAAUAUUUACAGCCAUUGUUCUUGUCAUUGUGCCAAUCGUUGGGCCCGUGCUAUCAGAUCCAGAUAUCAUCGUUACGUAUUCUGUUGUCCAGGUUCAUACGGGUUGCAAUUCCUGAUGAAUGCGUUACUGGUGGUGUAUUUAUAAAUGAACAGAGCAGAUAUCCUCAUAACAUUAUCAUAAUAUAUGAACCCGUUAACUUCAGUGUAGCUGUUAA